AUGGCUGAAGAGGACUCGUACGCAGCCCUCGCCGGCAUCAUCUCCAACCUUGCCAAACAAUACACUCCCACCGACGAUGAUUUCAACAGCCGUGUUGCUGCCAACAGCAUCGAAUCAAAUCGCAGCCCCUUACCUGGCGCCGACUCUGCCUCCAAACGUCAACUCGAGCGAGAAGUCGCUGCCCUGGCCAGCCGUGUGCAAUAUCUUGAAAACAGAGUCGCUUCUUCGGCCUCGACCGUCUUUCCCAUCACCCCCAACGAGCCGCUACAGUCUGCCUUCUCGCCAGAGAGCUCGCCUACCGCUGCUCGUGUCUUGGCUUCUCGACCUCGCUCUGCAUCACUGGUAAAUAGUUUACUGGCCAAGUCGGAGAGUCCUAAAGGCACUGCCGUACCGCGUCAGCUGACCGAAGAAGAGCUUGGAGUUCUUCGCGACCAUGUCGAUCGCCAGAGCGAACAGAUCAAGGCCCAAAAAGAAUACAUCGACAGCAUCAACGAGACUCUGCAACAGCAGCGCCAGGCUACCGAGCAAGCCCUCGGUGGCAUCGAGAGCUCCAUGGACGACGUUGAGACCCUGAAGCGCGAAUUGUCCAAGAACCAACAAAUCAAUGCCACCUACCAAAAAGUCCUCCGCGAAAUUGGCAGCAUCGUCACUGCUGUCGCCAAUGGUGAUCUCAGCAAAAAGGUGCUCAUCAGCGCCAAAGAGCGUGAUCCCGAAAUUGCUACCUUCAAACGUACAAUCAACAAAAUGGUCGAUCAACUACAAGAUUUCGCCAGUCAAGUCACACAUCUCGCCCGUGAAGUCGGUACCGAAGGAAGACUCGGCGGCCAGGCCGUCUUGCCUGGUGUCAGUGGUAUCUGGGCUGAGUUGACACAGAACGUCAACAUCAUGGCCGACAAUCUUACCAACCAAGUACGAGAAAUCGCCGUCGUGACUACCGCAGUCGCCCAGGGCGAUCUCAGCCGCAAGAUCCAACGCCCUGCUCGUGGCGAAAUACUGCAACUCCAGCAGACUAUCAACGGUAUGGUCGACCAACUGCGUACCUUUGCAACAGAAGUUACCCGCGUCUCUCGUGACGUCGGCACUGAAGGUGUGCUCGGAGGUCAAGCUCAGAUCGAAGGCGUGCAGGGCAUGUGGAACGACCUGACAGUCAAUGUCAAUGCCAUGGCCAACAACCUUACAACCCAAGUACGAGACAUCGCCGAGGUCACCACUGCCGUCGCACGGGGUGAUCUUACGCAAAAAGUCAAGGCUGAGUGCAAGGGUGAAAUUCUUGAGCUCAAAUCGACCAUCAAUUCUAUGGUCGAUCAACUCAGACAAUUUGCUCACGAAGUCACAAAGAUCGCCAGAGAAGUCGGAACAGAAGGAAGACUUGGUGGGCAGGCUACCGUGCAUGGAGUCGAAGGCACAUGGAAAGAUCUCACCGAGAAUGUCAACGGCAUGGCCAACAACCUUACCACUCAAGUGCGUGAAAUCGCUCACGUCACCAAAGCUGUCGCCAGAGGUGAUCUCAGCAAGAAGGUUGGGGCCGAGGUCAAGGGCGAGAUUCUCGAAUUGAAGGUCACCAUCAACACCAUGGUUGACCGUCUGAGCACUUUCGCUUUCGAGGUCAGCAAGGUGGCAAGAGAGGUCGGCACUGAGGGUGUGCUUGGUGGACAAGCCCAAGUUGAGAAUGUCGAAGGCAAAUGGAAGGAUUUGACUGACAACGUCAACACCAUGGCCAACAACCUGACCAACCAGGUCCGCAACAUCUCAGACGUUACCCAAGCUAUCGCUCGCGGUGACAUGACCCAAGUCAUCAAGGUUCAUGCACAGGGAGAAAUCCUGCUCCUGAAGAACACCAUCAACGACAUGGUUGGUCGUCUUGACAACUGGUCUCUUGCUGUCAAGCGUGUCGCUCGCGAUGUCGGUGUUGAUGGCAAGAUGGGUGGUCAAGCAGAAGUCGACGGAAUUUCUGGUCGCUGGAAGGAGAUCACUUCCGACGUUAACACCAUGGCCCAAAACCUGACUUCACAAGUCCGAGCAUUUGGAGACAUCACCAACGCCGCUAUGGACGGCGACUUCACCAAGAUGAUCACUGUCGAAGCAUCUGGCGAAAUGAACGAGCUGAAGCAAAAGAUCAACAAGAUGGUUACUGGUUUGCGUGAAAGUAUCCAGAAGAACACCGCUGCAAGAGAAGCUGCUGAAUUGGCCAACAAGACCAAGUCGGAGUUCCUUGCCAACAUGUCUCACGAGAUCAGAACGCCCAUGAACGGAAUCAUCGGAAUGACCCAACUCACUCUUGACACUGACCUGAACCAAAACCAGCGAGAGAUGCUCAACCUGGUAUUUAACUUGGCUAACAGUCUGUUGACCAUCAUUGACGACAUCCUCGAUAUUUCCAAAAUUGAGGCCAAUCGCAUGGUUGUCGAGGAGAUUCCAUUCUCUCUCCGUGGUCAAGUCUUCAAUGGUCUCAAGGGUCUGGCAGUCAAGGCCAACGAGAAGCGCCUCGACCUUGCCUACUAUGUCGACAGUUCAGUACCGGACUACGUUGUCGGAGACUCCUUCAGACUUCGUCAAAUCAUCCUAAACCUGGUUGGCAACGCCAUCAAAUUCACCGACAAGGGCGAAGUCAGAAUCUCCAUCUCCGCGGCGGACCAAGUCGGAUGCGAGGAUGGCGAGUACGCAGUCCAGUUUGCUGUUCGUGAUACUGGUAUCGGAAUACCGAGCAACAAGCUUGAUCUUAUCUUCGACACCUUCCAGCAAGCAGAUGGCUCAACCACUCGCCGCUUCGGUGGUACUGGUCUUGGCCUGUCCAUCUCAAGACGACUUGUCUCUCUUAUGCACGGCAGAAUGUGGGUUGAGUCUGACUUCGGUCAAGGCAGUUGCUUCUACUUCACCGUCAAGUUCAAGGUUGGCAACCCCGAUGUUAAAGCCAUCGACAAGCAGCUCAGAGCUUACCGCAAGCACAACGUACUCUUCAUUGACACUGGUAAGACCGGUUGCUCUGAAGAGAUUGCUCAGCAUCUUGUCAAUCUUCAGCUUGUACCCAUGAUUGUCCACAACGAGCAUGAAGUACCUUCACCUCAGGCUGCUAUAGCUGCUGGAAAGGCUUACGACUGCGUUCUGGUCGAUUGCAGAGAGACAGCUCGCAAGCUUCGCAACGUUGAGGACUUUAAGUACAUCCCCAUCGUCAUGCUUGCACCUAUCAUCAGCAUGAGUUUCAAGUCAGCACUCGAAGACGGCAUUGCAAGUUAUAUGACAACGCCUUGUCUGUCCAUCGAUCUGGGCAACGCGCUGAUUCCAGCAUUGGAAGGACGUGCAGCACCCACAUCUGCGGACCCUUCGAUGAAAUUCGACAUCUUGCUCGCUGAAGACAAUGCGGUCAACCAAAGGCUGGCGGUCAAGAUUUUGCAGAAGCACCACCACACAGUCACCGUGGCCAACAACGGUCUGGAAGCAUUCGAAGCUAUCAAGAAGAAGCGCUACGAUGUUGUUCUCAUGGACGUGCAAAUGCCCAUCAUGGGAGGCUUCGAAGCCACUGCCAACAUCCGUCAAUACGAGCGCGAGCACCAGCUCACCCGCUCGCCUAUCAUUGCCCUUACAGCCCACGCCAUGUUGGGUGACCGCGAAAAGUGUAUUCAAGCCCAGAUGGACGAGUACCUUUCGAAGCCGCUCAAGCCUAACCAGCUCAUUCAAACCAUACUCAAGUGUGCGACCAUGGGAGGGGCAUUACUCGAACGCAACAAGGACCAGAGACUGGCACUCACACAAGGCGAUGAUGGCAAGCAAGCGAAUAGCGCAGGUAGCAGCAAAGUCAGCACGCCCAGGAGGCCGAUCUUGGAUAUUCGUGGAUACACCGACUCGCCGACCAAUCCGACUAAGAGUCCCUCGAUUGUGACGGCAGACCUCGGCGACCCCAUUGAGCGGGAAAUGCUUAUGCGAUCCAACAGCUCUUGA